CAUAAUGACGAAAUACACUCUAUUAAGUUCACCGCAAGUUGGAUCCACCCGAGUUUCAAGAUUUUCAAAGAUAUUUUAUGUAUUGCUAUGUUUUGCUUUCUUCGUAUUCAUACUAUACAUGAACUGGUCUCAACUUUCCAACACAGAUCUCGAUGACCAAAUAAUCCAAGAAGCUUUGAAUAAUCCCGUUCUGGAUCCACCUUUUGCAAACCAAUAUACUCCUAGCAUAGAAAAUACUACUCGUAAUUUUGACCAAAAUAGCCUAAAGUACAUAUUGCUUUGGACACCAAAAUCUUCUCUUCCGUUCAACUUUUUUGGAACAGGACAAAGCGUAUUUAAAAGGAACAAGUGUGAGUUUACAAAUUGUUAUGUGACUGCUGACAGAAGAUAUUUCAAAGGAGACCUCACAAAAUUCGAUGCCGUAGCUUUUAAUGGGCGAAACUUGAGAUACGUACAAGCAUCAGAGCUGCCCCAGCAAAGAUCGCCUCAUCAGAAAUACAUUUUCUUCAACGUAGAGUCUUCUACUUACCAACCGGUCUGCAACCCUUGGUGGGAUAACUUUUUCAACUGGACAUCCACUUACAAGCUGAACUCUGAUGUAAUGUACUCGUAUAUUUAUAUAAGGGAUAUGAAUGGCGUACACGUUGGACCUAGAAUAGAUAUGGACUGGGUUAAAGCUAUGAAAGAAAUUGAUGACACGUUAAAAAAGAAGUUGAAGAGUAAGAAGAAGGCGGCAGCUUGGUUUGUAUCUCAUUGCAUCACUAGAAGUAAGAGAGAGAAAUAUGUGAAGUCACUUCAGGAGGCGUUGGAACCUUAUGGGUUGGCCGUAGACAUAUACGGACAUUGUGGUACGUUAGUGUGCCACGGGUAUCAGGAAAAGAAGUGUUGGGCUAAGGUAUCCUCUGAUUAUUACUUUUAUCUUUCCUUUGAGAAUGCUUUCGCGGAAGACUACGUGACAGAGAAGUUGUUGACCGCGUUGAAUAAUGACGCAGUGCCGAUUGUGCUAGGAGGAUCCAACUACACCAGGUUCGUCCCGCCCGGCUCCUACAUCGACGCCCGUCACCACGAGCCAGAAUCCCUGGCCCACGUCAUGGCGGACAUCAUAGCCAACCCGAGCAAGUACCACGAGUUCUUCCGAUGGCGGAACCACUACAAGUACUCCGAGCCAGAACAAAAAGAGGACGUGUGCAACUUGUGCUCGGCGCUCAAUGAUGAGAAUAUGGUGACAAUGGAGUCCACGUAUCCUCAUUUCAGGAGUUGGUGGAAUCCGGACUGGGAAGAGAGAUGUCAAGAGGACAAUUGGAGCACUUGAUCUUAAUUGACAUGGACAUUGGACAUUUUGGUUGAACUCGAUCGCAAUAUUAUUAAAGAGUGUUUU